GCAAAGUUAUUGGUCAGCGUCAGUUCGCAACUGCUCGAGGCCGGGAGAGGUCCAGAUCCGCCAGUCUAGUCGCUCAGAGGCUUCUACAUCAGCUGUGUCAUGAGGGCCUGUACAGUUCAUCUCGUAGCCUUCCUGGUUUCUGUCUUCACAUUGGGGAGAUGCCAGACGCUUGAUUCUCUAUUCGAUGUUUUAGAGACAAACUACCUGGGAUGUUAUAUCGAUGGAGGAAUUGAUAAUAGGCUUAUGAGAGGAUUCCAAGAAAACUUUCAACAAACAUUAACUCCUAAUCUAUGCAAGAAAUUUUGUUUUGACAAAGGAUUUGCUUUCGCUGGAACACAGUAUAGUUAUGAAUGUUUCUGCGCAAAUACAAGACCUCCAGAUGAAAAAAAGUCUGCCGACGAUCAAUGUGUUUCGAGGUGUUCGGGAGACCAGGCAAACGUCUGUGGUGGACCUAACAGACUCAGUGUGUACAGCACUGGGAUUCGAGAAAAACAACAAAGAAGAGCAUACAUUGGGUGUUUUGUUGAUGGAGGCAUAGGAAAUAGACUGCUCACUGGACUACAGCAAGAUUUUCCUCAAUCGUUAACACAAGAUGUCUGCAAUAAACAUUGUUUUGAAAAGGGGUUUGCAUUUGCAGGGACACAAUACAGUUAUGAAUGCUUCUGCUCAAGUAGUAAACCCCUUGAGUACAAAAGGGCUCCUGACAAUCAGUGUGAUACCAAAUGUGCAGGGGACAAGAACAGGAUUUGUGGUGGAACUAACAGACUCAGUGUGUACAGCACUGGGAUUGAACCGACUGAAGUAGACACUGCAUACAUUGGAUGUUAUAUUGAUGGGGGACAAGAAAACAGACUUCUGCAGGGUUUGGAGUUGAACUUGUAUGGCACAUUAACUCCAGAGAUUUGUAAAAAAACUUGUUUUGAAAAAGGUUUUGCGUUUGCAGGCACACAAUACAGCUAUGAGUGUUUCUGCUCAAGAAUAAGACCACCAGACACCAAAAAGUCUUCUGAUGCCCAGUGUGACUCAAAGUGUGCAGGUGAUCAGUCUAAAUUUUGUGGUGGAAUAAACAGACUGAGCGUUUACACUACAGGAGUCAAAGAAACUUAUGCGUCAGGACUCUACCAUGGAUGUUAUAUUGAUGGAGGGGUGGGAAAUAGACUUCUUCGUGGUUUUCAACAAGAUUUCCAGCAAACCUUAACACAAGAUUUAUGUAAUAAAUUUUGCUAUGAUAAAGGUUUUGCAUUUGCAGGAACACAAUACAGUUAUGAAUGCUUCUGCUCAAGAAAUAAACCUCCUGAUCACAAAAGAGCACCAGACGUUCAAUGUGACACUCCAUGUGCAGGAGAUAGGAACAAGGUGUGUGGUGGUACUGACAGACUCAGUGUCUACAGUACUGGGAUAGAGCAGACUGAUGCUCCAGACUACGGUGCUGAAGUGUACAUUGGUUGCUUCAUUGAUGGAAAUGUUGGCAAUAGGCUGAUGCACGGUCUACAGCAAGACUUUCCAGAUACCCUAACUCAAGAAGUGUGUAAUAGGCACUGCUAUGAUAAAGGCUUCGCAUUUGCAGGCACGCAGUACAGCUACGAAUGCUUUUGCUCAAGAACUAGACCACCUACCUACAAAAAAGCUCCUGACAACCAAUGCAAUGCCAAAUGUGCAGGAGACAAGAGUAAAACAUGUGGCGGAAGUGACAGGCUCAGUGUGUAUAGCACUGGGAUUGAACAGACUGAGGAACCAGGUACUGAAACAGUUUUCAAAUAUGUUGGCUGUUUCAAGGAUUUUGCAAAUGGCACUCGACUGAUGAAAGGGUUUCAUCAAGAUUUUCCUGAUUCUCUGACUAAUCAGCUGUGUGCAAGGCUCUGUCGGAAAAAAGGAUUUCGUUACGCAGGAAUGCAAUAUGGGAAAGAAUGUUUCUGUGAUAGCAAUAAGCCUAAAUUCCAGCAUUUUGCCAAGGAUGAGGAAUGUUCCACAAGAUGUGAUGGAAACAAUAAUCAAAUAUGUGGAGGAAAUUGGAGGAUCUCAAUGUUUGAAAUUGCAGGUAGGGUAACUGCAAUUGAUCCCGGGACAUACCUGGGAUGCUACAAGGAUCAAGAAUCCCCAAGGGCUUUAAAGGGACACAUGGAGGAUUUUCGUAACAAUUUAGUUCCAUUUAUGUGUACUGGACUAUGCUAUUCAAUGGGGUUUUUAUAUGCAGGAAUUCAAUACAGUAAACAAUGUUUUUGUGGGGAUGAACAUCCUAAUCCCAACUUAAAAGUAGUUGAAGCAGAAUGUGCCAAGCCUUGUUCAGGUGAUGCAACCAAGAAGUGUGGUGGUGACUAUAGAAAUGCUGUCUAUCAGACUGGAAUCCCAGAUGUUCCAGUACAUGAAAAAUAUGUAGGGUGUUACAAUGACUUCAAUAAUCACAUAUUCAAAGCGCACAAAACAACUCUGGACAAAACAAACACACCGAGAAGAUGUCUAAACUAUUGUUGGCAGCUCGGAUUCAAGUAUUCUGGAGUUGAAUAUGGCCGGGAAUGUCUCUGUGGGGACGACAAACCAGACUCCAGUUUCCUCGUGAGUGGGGAUGAGUGUAGCAUCACAUGUUCCGGUGACCAGUUGGAGACUUGUGGUGGCAACUGGAGGCUCGCGGUGUACUCUACAGAUAUAUCUGCUUCUGUGGAACCUCUGGAAAUUGAUCAACGCAUACCAACUGACUCAACAACAGUGAGAACAUGUCAUUUGUCAAAAACCACUAUUAAUGGGAGAAAAGUGUGUUCUGGGGAUGUUAUAUUUGAAGAACAAUUCAGUUCUCCUCUUGGAGAAAAAUGGAAACAUACUAUAAAGAUUUCUGAAGCACCGGACUAUGAAUUUGCAGUAUUCCAGGCGAAUCCUAAAAAUAGCUUUGUGUCUCAAAAUAAACUAGUCAUCAAACCCACCAUACUAGAUGACUUACAUGUUCUAACAGGAUCACUUGACUUGGAAGGGUGUACAGGGACUCCUGGCACAAGAGAGUGUGGAUUCCAAGCUUUUUCAUACAACAUACUACCACCAGUUGCUUCAGCAAGAAUAAAUACACGGAAUUCAUUUUCUUUCCGAUAUGGAAUUGUAGAAGUAAAAGCAAAAUUGCCUGUUGGAGACUGGCUUGUUCCUGAGCUUUGGCUGGAGCCAAAAAAUCAUCCCUACGGUCCUAACUACGCAUCAGGUCGUAUUCGGCUGGCAAUGUGUCGAGGAAACAAGAAUUUGCAGUGCAAUGGACAAGAUUUUGGCAGCAACCAUCUGGAGUCAGGAGUGGUGAUGGGACCUGCGAAUGACGUUAGGAGUAGAUCCAUCUCCAGCACAGUUCCAGACAACUGGCACGACUACUUCCAUACCUACACACUUUACUGGACACCAGACAGUAUAUCCUUCAAAACUGACAACGAACUGCCACAAGAAAUUGUUUCUUCAGGUGGAAGACUGUGCGAGAUUAUAGGCUUCUCGAGUAAUACAUGUACACUAUGGGGAUCAGGAUCUAACAUAGCGCCCUUUGACACUGAUUUCUACCUUAGUUUGGGAUUAUCAUCUGGAAACGCAAGAGAUUUUCCAGAUGAUUGUGUCAAUGGAGCUCAAACAAAACCGUGGAAGAAUCUGCAAGUAAAGGCCCUGCUCAACUUUUGGCAAGACAAAGCAAACUGGAGUUCAACCUGGAAUGAUGAGAAGUCCACGCUAACUGUAGAAUAUAUACGUGUCACUGCUUUAUAGUUUUCUUAAUAGUUAAUAAAUUUUAUUGAUAGUAAAAGCUUUUUAAAUUAUAAUUUUUCUCAUUGACAAGUUGACAUUUAAAUUAUUUGUUCCUAUGAUAAUUUUUUAACAGGAUUUCAGACAUUUGAUAAUAAAAGUCAAGCAAACACAAAUCAAUAUAUGUUGUUGAAUUCACCAAAGGCAAAAAAAUUUACAAUAGAUCAUAUUGUACAUAAAACUUUAAAGGCAUAUUUAAUCAUACUUUUUUACACAUUAAGUAUUUUUGAUACCUGAAAGAGGAUGCAAUCCUUGAAAUAGUGUUUUAUUCCUGUAACACAUGAUGAUGACAAAUAUUUAAAAUCCUGUUAUCCUUUCAAGUCAUCCACUGUCAAUAGUAAAUUUCAAACAAAGAAAUAAUAUGCUAGUUAUUAAAAGUUUACAUUAAAGUUGGAUUUUACUGAAUGUUCACCGUAGUUGUAAUAGUAUUUCAUCCUAAUAUUACCUUGUUUGAUUAUAUGUGCCCUUAGCUAUGUUACUGGAACAAUUACUGAAAUACAGUAGAGCACUGACAAAGACUAGACCCCUUCAGGAUGAAUGAAUUAUCUGGAAUUAUGAAACUAACCUAUAAAAUGCCAGUAUAAAUAAACAUAUAAACCUCAUUAUAUCUGCUGUAAUGCAAUCUAACAAUUAAUUUUGUAAUGUAUGAAUAAAACAAUUGCUGUAGUACAAUUUUAACAUAUUAUUAAGUUGCUAUUAUUAUGGAAAUGUAAUAUUCUUUGGAAUUUCAUUAUUGAGUUAUUUUUUGAAGAUCAUAUCUAUUGCUAAAAUGACAUACAUCUGAGUGCAGCAAUAGAAAUGAUGUAAACAAAAACAUUACACAGUGACAUAGCUACGGUGGGAAGGGUUGAUUCAACGUGAGUGUUGAGUUUGGCUCCAGGUCACCUUCCUCAGUCAGUGUCUGGAAUCUGAUGUGCUUAGAGAUCGUGUCAAAAACAUCAUAGUGCACUCAAUUAUGCACCUCAUGAAGCACUGAGAAUAACGCUUCACCUAGAUUACACUAUAUUUUGUACUCUAUGUUUCUCUGAUGUAAAAAUCAUGUAAAGAGUUCAAUUCAUUCUGAGCUUCUUCAUCACUGAAUUUUCUUGGAUCUCUUUAAUGAACAUGACUCCAGAUUCCAAGAGUAAAGUCUGUGACAGCGUUAGAUUCCAGAAAGUAAUUAUUUGAUUUUUGAACCGCAGUAGUUGUUUAUUUUUUUGCAGCUGAAUUUCUUGUUUGUUUAAGAACAACAAGCUAGGUUGGAGUACCCUCACUUUGUUUUUUGAGCCAUGAAAUCAGUGUCUCUGGUGCCAUAAGUGUUUCAGAAUGUAUAGACCCUGCUUCUUGAAUGUCACUUUCAUUCUCAUCCUCAUUCGAGUCAACUUUUUCUGUGUCAUCUUUAAAUUAAAGGGUAAGUCUAAGUAAACAAACAAUAACGAUGUUUCUAUCAUCACUGCCCUUCCUGCCAAUACAACACACACACAAAACACAAGUUCACGCUAACAAGUCAUAUCUUUAGCACAACAGGUUCAAACUAAAUUAAUACAGUUCUGUAUUUACUUAUCACAACCUUUUGCCUGGAACCCAAUUUGGUUUAUUGACGAUCAGGAUUUUUGACGUUCACAUUAUUGGUGCUCUACUGUAACUACAAACAGACUAUACACAGAAACUAUUGUCAAACUCCACAAAAUAUAUAUGUAAUGUAAAGCUAUAACAGCCUACCAAGUGUUGAUCAGACCCAAUCUGAGAUUUAUCCGCUGGUCAGAUUAGAUCUUCAAACCGACUGGUCCAGAUCUGCUUGUUGCUGUGUUGAAUCUGUAUCUGAAUUGUUAGUUAAUAAACCUUAGAAAAAGAA